AUGAUUACAGUUAUAGUCGAUAAGAAGGAACACAUGGCAACAUCCAAGGUUUUUGCAGUUCAGAAGUACACGUUGCCAUUGUUUGAUGUUUUUAUAGACUUACCAGAGACACAUGUGAUCCGUUCUAGGUACUUUACGUUCUCAAUCUAUGCUAAGUACUCAUUUGGUGAAUAUGUUAAAGGAAAUGCGGAAGUAGUCAUCCGAAAUCCAGAAGAUAAUAAAGAAUUUUAUCGAGAAAAAUUCACAGACAUCACUAAACCAAAAGUAAUCAGAACCAAUUCAUUAGACAACCUUUAUUUUGGUCAUAAGGACCAAAUUGAUCUUGAAAUAUUUUUGUUAUUUACCGAAGCAAGCAGUGGAAUUAAAUUCAAUAAGACAGCUGCACUUCAUGCUCAUGAGAUUAUGGAAGGGAGAGUUAAAGUAUUUCAUGAUGAAAAAUGGCUGCCUGGCUUUCCAUUUACAACUAAAAUUUAUACUUAUGACUGGAAGUAUGAGAGGACAUACCUUAAUGCUGAAGAUGUUGAUUUGACUAUUGAAUAUCGAACACAGGAACGAUUUGGUGCAUUGAUUGGUGAAGGUGAGAUCAGAGAUGGAGUUUAUGUCCAUGAGUUUACUAUACCAAUGGAUUAUAUUGAAUUUGGGAUUGAUGCAAGAAUUGGUAUUUAUGGAUAUCCAUAUAGAAAAACGAUUGAAAGAGGUUCUGCUAAUGUUGGAAUGAAUAGCUUGCUAGUAAGUCACCUGCCAGAAAAUCCGGGACUCAAUAGCACUGCAAAGGUUUAUGUCACAAGUAUGAGUCCAUUAAACAAUAUCAUCAUGUCCACAAUAACAAGAUAUGGAAACAUUAAAACAAGACAAAUUGAUUGUGGUGGUAAAACUGUGUGUGAAAUUGCUGUGGUUAUUGAUGAACAGAUGAUGCCGCAUUCAACGGUCUUAAUUUAUGAUGUAAGAGAUGAAAAAAGCAUUUUCCAGGGACAAACAAAGAUUGUGACUGAAGACCUGGGACGUAAUUAUCUCAGAGUAGAUCUUCAAUUCAAAGAAGCCAAGACAAGGCAAAACAUCAAAAUGAAAUUGUCAACAAAAGAAAAUUCAAAAGUUUACUUGCUAGCAUUUGAUAAGCGCUUAACAUACUUAAAGGAUGGAAAUGACUUUACAAAAGAUGAUGUAGUUAAAUCCGUAGCUGACUAUGAUGGAAUUAAUAAAAUUCUGAUUGACGACAUGAAAUCGUGGAAAGUUUGCACUCAAGAGGAAGUUGAUCGUGUUAUGAAUGGAAGAGUGACGACUAAAAAUCAAGGAGGAACAGAGGUUCAUUACCCGGAAGAGCCACCAGAUGAUAUGACAUUGUAUCAAGGAAGAAGCUCUCCCUUCAAUCCACCAAAGACUGAGGAUGGACUGCUUCGUGAAUAUUUUCCAGAAACUUGGAUCUUUGAGACAAUUGAAGUUGGAAGUAAGUCAUCACUUGAUAAGACAUACACUGUGCCUGAUUCGAUGACAACUUGGCUGCUGUCAGCAUUUUCUGUUAAUAAUGAUCAUGGAAUAGCUACGUCAUCAAGACAGGAUCUGAUUAUCAAAAAUGAGUUCUUUAUGGAGAUGAACUUGCCAUACUCAAUCCGAUACACAGAAGUCCUUAAACUUGAGAUCUUAGUUUUCAACUACAUCGACACAAAUGAGGAAGUAACUGUGGAUUUAAAGCUGAACAACUUAAAUGACGGUAUGGAGUUCCAAUUUGUUGACUAUUCAUCAGAUUGUACUGCUUCAUAUCACGAUGGAACUCAAGCAACAGCUAAGGUUAAGGUUCCUUUCAAUGAAGUAUCGACAGUGAACUUCUACAUCAGGUCACAUCCAUCAAACAACAAAUUUGACAACAAGAAACAAAAAAUGAUGACAAUUGAUGUUGAGGCAUCAACAACUGACUCGAGUUGGACUAAACACAGUGAUCAUGUGCAGAAGAAGCUGAUUGUUGAUCCAGUUGGCAUUAAGGUUUACAUGGUCUCGUCAGACUUCUUCAAACUUGAUGGUGGAACUACAAAUUCUCAUGUCCAGAAAACAAAUUAUUGUGACUGGAGACUUCCUGACAGACACGAUGAAACUUGA